AUGGCCGACUUCACCAUCGACGACGCCCUAAUCGCCAAAGUAACAGCCUACGUGGAAUCCUACAUGGCAAACUACGACCCCUCCCACGACUUCAACCACAUCCAGCGCGUCCUCCGCCUCGCCAAACACAUCCAGUCCACCCUCCCCUCCACAUCCGCCGGCAUCGUCACCCUGUCCGCACUCCUCCACGACGUCGGCGACAAGAAGUACCUCAAGCCAGGCGAGGACUCGACCCGCCUCGUCUUCGACGUGCUCCGCUCCUUUGGCGCCUCUGCGCCGCUCGCCGAAAAGGUGCAGGCCAUUUGUCUGGGCGUCAGUUACUCCAGCGAGGUGAGGGACCCGGGCAGGGUGGUCAAGCUGGUGGAGGAGCAUCCCGAGCUGGCGGUCGUGCAGGACGCGGACCGGCUGGAUGCCAUUGGGGCGGUUGGGAUAGGCAGGGCGUUUGCGUUUGGGGGUGCGAAGAAUAGGGAUAUGGGGAACACGAUGGAGCAUUUUGAGGAGAAGUUGGUGCGGUUGGAGGGGAUGAUGAAGACGGAGGAGGGGAGGAGGUUGGCUACGGAGAGGACGGAGAGAAUUGUCUUGAUGCAGAAGUGGUGGAGGGAUGAGACGGCUGAGGAUGGUUUUGCGGUGGUAUGCCGGUGA